AUCCUUCAAUGUGCCCUAUCUUGACAGCAGACGUUAGCUUGUGGUUUGAGAGCGCUAACCCAUGAUAGCUUUGACGGGGUGAAGAAACUAGAACAGUGCCCAGAUCGUAUACACCGCUUUCCUCGCUUCACGGCAUAAAAUUGGUGUGAUGUCUGUCCCUCCGUCAUACUCAGACCUAGGCAAGGCUGCCAAAGACAUCUUCAGCAAGGGUUAUGGCUUCGGUGUUGUAAAGCUGGACCUGAAGACCAAGUCCCAGAGUGGAGUGAUGGAGUUCAACACUUCAGGUUCUAGUAACACUGACACGGGGAAGGCGUCUGGUAACCUGGAGACCAAGUACAAGAUGAAGGAGCUGGGCUUGAGCUUCAACCAGAAGUGGAACACCGACAACACCCUGUCUACUGAGGUCACUGUGGAGGACCAGCUGGCUCAGGGCCUGAAAGUUGCUCUGGACACAUCCUUCGUACCAAACACAGGCAAGAAGAGUGGCAAGCUGAAGACUGGCUACAAGUGUGAUUUCCUCAACGUGGGCUGUGACGUUGAUUUUGAGGGACCCAUCAUCCACGCAUCAGCCGUGGUGGGCUAUGAGGGUUGGCUGGCCGGGUACCAGAUGGCGUUCGAUACAGCCAAGUCUAAACUGGCCCAGAAUAACUUUGCCCUGGGCUACAAGGCUGGAGACUUCCAGCUCCACACCAAUGUUAACGAUGGGACGGAGUUUGGGGGUUCUAUCUACCAGAAGGUGGAUGACCAGCUGGAGACGGCGGUCACCCUGGCCUGGACAGCCGGCAGCAACAACACACGUUUCGGAAUCGCAGCCAAAUACGCUCUAGACAAAGACGCUUCCUUGUCUGCCAAAGUGAACAACGCCAGCAUGAUUGGAGUGGGGUACACCCAGAGCCUCAGACCAGGUGUGAAGGUGACACUGUCAGCACUGAUCGAUGGGAAGAACUUCAAUACUGGAGGGCAUAAAGUGGGGCUGGGCUUUGAACUGGAGGCAUAGAGUGGCACUAAGACCCACCAACAAAGAAAACAGCCCAGAGCCCACCAAAUGUGUCCUCUUCCCAACCACACACCUCCACACACCCCACCCAUAGUCCUUACCUGACAACAUAAUCAUGUCUCCUCUCCUUCACCCCCAUCCCCUUACACCAACAGUGUUUUGGCAGUAAUAGUCAAAUCUGUGGUAGCUGUGUCCAUCUUGACUAAAGUGGCUAAAUUACCUGAACAAAUAAGGGGAGGGAGAGAGAAACGAGAGGGGGCAAUCUUUUGUCUUGGCUGGUUAAUGCUAGUUCUUCGGUUUAGGUAGAUAGCACUUUUUGUCAUCUAGUUUUAAAGGCAGCGUUUCAGAGUGGGUAUGGUCGGGCACUAAACAUACCUCCCUUAAAUGACUGUACGGAAACGCUCUGACUAGGUUUUAUAUUCUGAUUACUGAAGCGGCACUAUUGGUUUCCCGGCCGGAGGGGUUUGGCUGAGGUAAUCAGUAAAUGAGUAGCUCAUGUAUGUUUCCGUAUGAGUGUAUAGAUUCCCGUUGGUCUUUAACUAUUAACCAUAUCUGAAUGACUAUCUGGUGUAGCGCACAAGUAGGAUGGAAGCUAGACAUUUUUAUACCUAGCAUUCUCUUAGUUUAAAAAAACAAGGUAGUCUGUUUGUGUAUUGAUUUAAGUAUGAAAUGUUGAUCUAGUUUUGCUCUUGCUGUGGUUGGCCACAUAAGCGGCAGGUUGGAGAAAGUUAAGCUAUACAUAUUGCCAUCCUAGUAAAGCUAAUUUAAUUUGCAACUGAAUUGAGCCCAACCUUCUGAAAGAACCAUUUCACCACCUCUAUGUCGCUGCUAUUGAAUAAGAGUCUAAAUAAUGUCUAAUUGACAAUGUGGAAGAUGCCACAUUCUGCUCUAGAACGUGAAGGACCAGAGGGGAGUAUUGUUGACUUAAUCCAGUUAUAUAUUCUAGGAUUUAAAACUCAAAUGUCUUCCUCUCUGUCUCAUUUUCUCUGUGGCCAUUAAUUAGGAUUGUCGGUAGGUGAAAACAAUAUGGUGGAAUCUUCUGUAGUUUAGCAUUGGUGGCAUUUCCACAGUAUUGUUUUAAUCUAUCUAGUCUAAUUAUGAUUAGUGAUUGCAUGAUGAAUAAGGACAUGAUGAGGAUUUUAAGUGACUAUAGAGUUUUAAUUUCUGUUUGGGCAUCCUGUAAGUCUAUUCUACAAUAUUCUAGAUGCUCAAACAGAAAUGAAACAUUCUAGAAUGCUUGUGCUCACCCUGCUUUGGACCCACACCUGUUACAGGUUGUCAUUGGUCCAGUCAGGAGCCAAUCAACACUCCCAAGUCAGUCCAAUCUGUACAUAGUAUACACAUUUAUUGUCUUGAGUUUCAAACUUGUAUGGUCAGAACACUAAGGGACCACGUCAGAGGCUGUUGUGAAGGCUCUGUCCCUCCUCCUUAUCUCAAGUCAUUACCAAGCAUACAUUUUCUUUUUUCAUUUGUUGUCAUAAUUACGUAUCUUUGAUUUUGUGUGUUCAGACAUUGUACCUCUUCUUUUUUCCCCCCCAAACAAUUAAAUUCUAAUAAAGUGAAACCACACUUUA